CCUCUCUCCUUUAUGAGCUGAUCCUUCCCUGCUCCCACACCGGCACUGGGAAUCCUGCUCACACUCGUCCCCGCGGUCCCACCUCUCGUCCCCGGACCUCCCCAAUGGCGGACUCCCCCCUUAACAACUCCUGGCCUUCCUUUUCCAAGCUGUGGAUGAAACGCUGGUCCUUCAAACGAGGAUCGGAGUGCAAGCCGUGCUCUCGGGAAUACUCCAGCGUCUCGGGAACAGGAUGCGUGUCGCCAUCCUCCCUGUCCCCGCCUUCCAUCGCGGAGGACGUGUUCUUCAGCAGCACCACUGAGGAGAAGGAUGACUCCUCCGGCGAUACGGAUUUUGAGGACCGCGCGCUGGAUAUCGACGGCAGCAUCGAAGACCUUCUCUCCCUAGAGCCCUCCCUCCGCGGGACGGAGUAUUUCAGAGACUUGGGGCUGCAGGUCCCUGAAGCGAGCAGCCUGCCGAGGGGUUUACAGUCCUGCCACACCCCAAAGCUCCUGCCCGAGCCCACCAGCAGCUCCUGCCCCGGGUCCCUGUCUCCCGCCGAGCCCGCCGCAGGCAUGCAGGAGGGCAAAGCCGUGGACACCCGGGAGUCGGGCGCGGGGGCGCCCCCCGCAGCUGUCUCGGCCACGGCCCAGGGGGAUCCGGAGUUCCUCGAGGCCGAGGAGCCGGAGUCGUUCCCCAUUUUGGUGAGGUCCAUGUCCACUUCGCGAAGACACAGCUGGGAGGUGCCGGUGUCUCCGGUGGACUUGGGCAGAAGGUUUAGUCUGGACACAACAGCCAUGGACAGCGAUGGAGACAGAGAAGAAGACGGUUCGCCUGAGACAUCCCAGGACCAGCGGAAACUGUCCUUCGUUUAUCCUGAUUGCCCCACUGGGGAGGACGAGGACGAGGCCGGGAAGCGCUCGCGGUCGAAGUCCGUGGUUCUGAUCGCGGAGAAGGUCAGCACGGCUCGGAUGUCGCGCAGCUGGGAGGUCUCGCUGCAAGGCCCCAGAGCUGAGGAACGGAGCACAGAAGAGAACGAGCCAAGCCACGAGGAGCAAAGUCGAAUGCUGAUGGUACAGCAGGUCCUGCAGGAGUUAAAGCAGUACCACGGAGCCAAGCAGAGGCCCGGCCGUGGAGAGGGCAAGGAGGCCUCGGAGAGCGUGACCUGGUACGAGUUUCUCUCCAACGAAAACGAGGAUGAGGAGGAGCGGACAGAGAAAGUGCGGGGCGCGACAGUGAAACGAAGACUGAGCUCCCUGAAGAACCGGGUCACCGGAUCCUUCCAGAAGGACAAGGGUAAGAAUCGAGAGAAAGAGCAGCAGAAAGAGAGGGAGAAGGAGAGAGAGAAGGAGAAGGAGCCAAAAGAGAAGAGACGUGCGAGCAGUGGGCACCAGUUCGUGCCUGGCACCUUCUCCAGCUGUGCCACUUGCACACUGUGCAGCAAAACUCUGGUGAGAAAGAAUGGCCUGCAGUGUCUCAACUGUGCGGUGAACGUCCACAAGAGCUGUAAAAAUCUAUUAGCUGAGUGCAGCAGCAGUAAAGCCAAGGCUAAAGAUUCCCAGUACAUGAGCACUGGAUCUGUCCAGAAUACUGUGCAGUAUUUCAAUCAAGCCAGCGCUCCCCUGAGGGAGCAGCACAGAUCCGGCCUCGCGGCUCCCGAUGGCUCCUCGGGCUCCGCUCGCGGCGCAGGAAUGACUCUCUCGCAGCGGGGCAACACCUCUCAGGCCACCGCCAGCUCAGCUGCCAACCACACCAACGGCCCGGGGUCGAUCGCGGGGGAGAUGGAUGAGCCAGACGCGUUGAGCAGAACCAAGGUCCCAGCCGACGACUCGGUUUCGCUGGCACCUUCCGCCGCAGAGUCCAUCAUUGUUGAAGAUGGCCAUUAUGCUGCUUUACGUGCGGAGCUUGAGGUGGAGUCGCAGGACUUGGAAGCUGAAUCCUGGAGCCUGGCUGUUGACCCACAGUACUUAAAGAAGCACAGCAAGGAUGCAAUCAAGAGACAAGAUGUGAUAUACGAGCUGAUCCAGACGGAGAUACACCACGUGCGGACCCUGAAGAUCAUGCUGCGGGUGUACGUCAGGGGGAUGAGGGAGACCCUGCAGAUGGACGAGCGCAAGGUGGAGAAGAUCUUCCCCUGCGUGGAGAACCUCCUGGACAUCCACCGGCACUUCCUGGCUCGACUCAAAGACAGGCGGAAAGAGGGCCUGCAGCCCGGGAGCGACCGGAACUACUCCAUUCACAGCAUCGGAGACGUCCUGACUUCGGAGGUGCGACUUGAUUCUUUUGUGCAGUUAAGUCACCUGACUGAAGCUCUAAAUCGAACAUGCUUUUGCUUUUCAGUGGAGAUUCUUCAAGCUCUCUUGUCCUCCGGGGUUAAAAGUGCCUCCCAGCCCUCGGGGGAGUCCCAGGGAUCCUAUGGGUUGCCACGGCGAGCAGACACCUUUGGAGGGUAUGACAGCAGCCCCACCAUCCUGAAUAAAAGUGGCAGCAUAAAGAAAACCUACAGCGGCAGCGACAGGCCCAGAGAACGGAGCCAGAGAGCGAGCUCUGACCCCCAGCUGAAGGAGAUCUGUUGCCGUGAGAGUCUGGAACAGUCGGCUGAUGAGCCCUCUGAAAGCAGUUGGACCCCUAUCUGGAACAGUUGCUUCCCAGAAGCAGAGUUUUUCGAUCGAGUGUUGAUGCUUUCACAGCGACUUUACAGUCUCCAGGCCAUCGUCUCCCACCAGGACAGCUGCAUCGAGCUGCAGCGGGCCAGCCUGCCGGAGCGGGACAGGCCGGGCCGGGCCCGGGGCAACGUGCUGCUGGAGCAGGAGAAGCAGCGCAACUUCGAGAAGCAGCGGGAGGAGCUGGCCCACUUCCAGAAGCUGCAGGGCCAGCUGCGCCAGGAGCAGCGGCGCUGGGAGAGGGAGAGGGAGAGCCAGCGGCUGCGGGCCGAGGAGGAGGAGGCCCGGCUGCGGCGGCGCGAGGAGGAGGGCCGGCGGCUGCAGGCCCAGCUGGAGCAGCAGCGCGAGGAGCUGGAGCAGCAGCGGCUCAAGUACCAGCAGGACCUGGAGAGGCUGCGGGAGUCCGCCCAGGCCGUGGAGAGGGAGAAGGAGAGGCUGGAGCAGCAGCAGAAGAGGUUCAAGAAGCACAAGACCAUCGCCAACCCCCCGCUGUCCAUCUUGGACCUCAGGCCGGUGAGGGCGACAAAGAAUGUUUCGUUUUAUAGUGCACACGAACAGUGUUUAUUCUUCACGCACAUUGUUUGCUGCCUUGACCACCUUUCCUGUAAGAGCCUGGAGUCAGCUGAUGGAGGAGCAGAGUUUUGCUCAGUGUCUCCUUUUAUUGCACGACAAAGAAUAGCCCAAGCAGCCCUUGGGCCGCUGGCCAAGACCGAGGUGCCCAUCCACCUGAUCAGCACCACCAACCAGCUGCACAAGCAGGCCGGCGUCCAGCAGCAGAUCCCCACCAAGCUGGCCCUGAGCAAGGGCAAGGAGAAGGGCAGCAAGGGGAAGGCUUCUCACAGAACGGACAGCUCAGCCGCAACAGACCGCAAACAGAUCCUGCCCCUCAAACUCUCGGGGAAAGAGGAGGGGACGUUAAAAGGAAGGAGAUCCGUCAGCCCCAACCAGAACUACCAGCAAGAGCCACUUAGCCCCCCGGACAAUUUCUCCGACGGCCACCCAGCUGGCAUUCCGAAACAGAACAGCCACAGCUCUCUUCAGACCAUCCCCUCGUCGUCCACAGUCUCCGAGGACGUGGCGAAGGAGGACGUCAUCUUCUUCUGAGCCGCCACCGCGGCGAGCGGCCCGGGUCUCGCGGUGCACGGCAUGAUGGGGGAUGUUGUGCGACACGGACUUCCUUCCUUUGGGCCCUUGGGGAAGAGGUCUGCUGCUCCGACACAUGGACUCCAGCCCCAAUCCCAUCCACUGUGAAUUCUGAACGUGCAGGAGGGUUUUAUUAAGCUCCACGAUUUUAGUAUUUGUCGUUUUAUUAUUGUUUUUCACCUGUGGUUCCCAAAGUAGCAAAGGGCUUUAUUCAUCAUUUUUAAUUGGCCCCUGAAAACAGUUUUAAUAUUAACCGAAGGAGGAAAAGAAAAAAAGAAAGGGUGGGUGGCAUCUCCUAUUUAUUUAAAAGAAUUUUUAUGCCCUUUGCUUUCCUUUUUAUCCUUUUUAUUCUUCCAUGAAGAGAGUAAUGAGUACCAGUGUCCAAACGUGAUGGAGGUGUGGGGUGAUUUUCCUGCUCUGAGCUGACGAUGGAGAGCAGGCUACGUUUUGAGAUGUAGUCCAUUAAUGAAUGGAGCUAGCCAAGUGCUGCUCUUUGUUUAGAAGUGUCUGCUUCUCUGCACGGCGAAGAGAAAAAAGAUAGCAGAUUGUACUGCUUGCACCACAAUCCGAAAGAAUCAGGCAGGCUGCUUAUUAGCAGUAAAAUAAUGGUACGAUUUUGUUUUAGUUGAAAAUAUGUCCCAGGCAUUUUUAGCUUAUUCCAGUAAUGGGUACGAUAUCAGUGCAUGCAGAAUGUAGAAUGUCCAAUGCUGAUGAAGAGGGCUUGUGCCUCCUGGGGUCAUUUCUACAUCUUGUACAUGCACCCUCUACUGUAUAUUACAUCCGCAUUUUACAGGACAGAAGAAACCACAAAUAUGUAUUGUGCUCUAGAUGGGGAAGGCAGUUAUUUCCUGUUUUUUUUUUAUGCAAACCCUGACCUUUUCAUUCACCACAAUAAUCAUCCGAUCAGCAGUCACGCCUACGACCCAAUCAGGUUGUCAUGGUGUAGGUAGCCGUGAGGAGCCAUAAAAGGCUGUAGAAAACCCUACACUGGAUUUUACAUCACCUUGGUGAUGUGCAGCUCUUAAAACCACUACUUUAACUGUUUUACACUGUUUCUUUGAUCUUGAACCAUGUCAGUGGUAAUACUCAGUUUAAGCAGACCUUUCAGAGACGCAAAGUGAUUUUUAAUUUUCUUCCUUCCAGCAGUGCUUGAACGACUUGAAUUAUAGGUGCAGUAGUUACGGCCAUUACAUAACCUGAGUAUUAGCUCAUAUUAAGGUUACUCCCCCAGAAAAUACAAGUGCUGUGUUUGCUUUGCACGAAUGUCCCUGACAUUACAGCGUGAUAGAAAUUUGAAUUUCAGGUCUGUGAUUUAGCCAUUCUUGUGGACAAGUCAGGGGGCUUCUAGAUUUAAAAUGACAAUUCCAACAGUUUUGGCCUAGAGUGGCAGUAUAAACCUGAAUAUAACAUUUCAGGCACUCUACUUCAGCACUUUACGUAUAUGGCCCAUGGGUCAUGGAAUACUUAAAAAAAAAAAAGUUUGCCAAUUUCCAUGGCCAUAAUUAGGUAAACACUGGUUCUGGAUUCAUUUAAAGAUGAAUAGAUUUUGAGGUUUAUGUCACAGUUUACUGAAAUUGUAAGCACAAUUACUGUUUGACGCAAGUCCCUUUUUUAGUUGAUAGUUUUUAAUGAAGUGUCUGAUUUGAUCUGGUUUAAGUUCUGGGCAUGCACAAAUUCCAACCAAAAUACAACAGCACAUCAACAGAACUGAUUAAAAACCUACCACGAAGUUUGUGCUUUAGUUGCCAAAGAAAUUCUUCUUACCUGUUACCCCUUUGUCUUUAUUUUCAAACUCCGAGAUAAAGGAUCUGUUAACAUCAAGCACAGCACAAUACAGUAGUGUAAAAGAGCCCUCUGUGUUUGUGUGAACGGAAGACCAAGCUUAACUGUAAGGCCCUAGGCAUUUUUAUAAACAUUCUUUUGAAUUUAAAGACCAGUAAUACAGGUUUAUAUUUAUGUUACAGAAACCUACUGUGGCCACCAGUCUAGUGUGAAGAUAGCUGUGGUAUAGACGCCUAUUCUAAACUCUUCACUGUACCUUAUAUUCAACAUCUAAAGUCAGGGAUAGAGUUCCAUGGUUCUGCCUUAUCCUUGAAGGUUCCAAGAUUUGACAAUUCCUUCAUAAAGCUGUAGCCUGUGGUUAUAAAUACAAUGAAGUCCAGAGCAUUUAAUCAUGUCUGAUGCUUUAUGAACGAAUCUUUUCCAAGUCCAAGUUAGGGGAGUAAGAUAAAUGCGUAUUUUUGUAUGUUUCAAUGUUUGUAUAAUGCUGUAUAAAUAUAUUUUCAUUUCAACUUGAUAGUACAAUGCUGGAUGUGUCUGUGAUGCCCCUAAAACUGAUUUUCAUUUAGCAAGCUAGUGUAGAAGGUUCAAGAUUGCCAAAGCCUUGGUAGCCUAAAUCCAGCAGAGCUGUGGUUGUGCUCUCAGGAGGCAACUGAGUCCAGUUAUUCCAGUUACAGCCACAGCUCUUGCAGUUGAUGGUAACUGUCUAACAUGGCGGGGAAAUGUGGCUGUAAUCGACCAUAGCGACAAGAUGUAUAUACUGUAUAUAUUUUCUGUAUGAAGUAUGCACCUCUAUAAUUAGUCUUAAUUUCACUCUGGGUUAAAUGAGACCACAUGGCAGUAGGCAUUGCAAUACCUUUAAUAUUCCAAGAAGACGGUUUGGCAUGUGGAAUUUGAGCACAGGGUUCCUAUUGCAGAGUUUACAGAGCUAAGGGGAACAAACAAUGGAUGCCUUUCUGUUAGAGCUGUAUGAUACUUCUUAGAUUUUCUAUUGAUCUGCUUUGUGCCUCAAUCUUUCGGUACCUGGGUGUUCUGCAGAAAUAAAAAUGGUACAUUCCUGUAUCUUGUAAGUGAUAUUACUGUUAUUUAUUUCCACUGUUAAGUGAUGCAUUUUGCAUUAUCCACUUCUUGAUUGUGUUGAUCAACGACUGCAGGUUUUGAUGUGUUGCUACAGAGUUGCACUCCCUUUACCUGAUGUGUCUGCAGCAGUAUGUGGUGGUUACACGAUGCCUUUUACCAUUGAAAGUUUCAGAUGUGCAUUUCAGAGUCAGAUGCUUUUGCAGGAACAUGUUCUGCAUUGUGUGGGCAAAUUUGAAACAGUUUGGGGAAAUUGCAAAACGAUUCUGCAGCCCUAAGAACUUGGGAGCCACUGUCAGGAGUCCUUUUAAAUUUCUCAUCAACAUGUUAUUGUUCAUAACUUGGGACAGCUAUUGGAAAAUGCAUUCUAUGGCAUAAAGUGAUAAAAAGCUUCUGCAGAGGGCUCUCAGCACCUGCCCCAAGAGUUUUGGAGUCCAGCAGGUUUUUUGUCUUUUUUUUUUAAGUCACCUAUGAAUUAAGGCUGUGAAAAAAAAGAGGUUGUUCCAACGAAUCCUUAAAUGGAAUAGUUCAGGUAUUCUGCCUGGCACAGAGCUGUUUAUACCUGAGAGAGACACAGAAGAACAGCUGGAGUCCAGACCCUGCAGUUGCACCAGGUAACGGUGAGCUUUUCACCUGUUGGGCAAAGGCGUCUUCUGUGGCUUAAAAGAUCCCUGCCGCUCUCCUAGGUCCUGGGACACUGGUGUGAAUGUUUUGCACCCAUAGCUGAAAGUAAAAGAUCCGAAAUCUGCAAAGAAAAAGACUUAAAGGUAUCGUGGUUUUGAGUGCUUAAAUGUAGUAUUCCAGAACCUGCUUUGAAUAAAAGAAUACAUUGCUGAUCAUUUUGGAGCUGAAACAGUUGAAUAUAAAAGUAAUUGGUCUAGCUGAAGGCAUGGUAGUUGCGUGCAAACUCUUUUCAGAAAGUCUUGCUUUUAGGGGGAUAGUUUUUGCCUCUUUUCAUAAGGUUGGCUAACCAAAGAAAUUUUAUUUUCUGAUUUUUGCUGUAGUUAUUUGAAUUUGCAGUCUUGUGUUGGUGUAGCUUGGGAGUAACUAUGCUGCUCGGCAUUAGAGACACCAGGGGAUGAGGGAGGUUAAGCUUAUGUUUUUUUUUAAUUGCAGUCUAAACAAUAGAAGCUAAUGUUGUCUAAGUGCUCCGCAAUCUGCUAAGAACAGCAAAGCAGCUGCCCUUGGGCUGUUGGCAAUCGCAAACCUUGCACGGGCCUUUGGUCUUUUUUUCUUCACUGGGAGAGUUGUGCCAUUGUAUCAUUCAUGACUACUUGUUUGCUGAUGAAAACCAUUGAGCACUUUAUGACUUUCUGUAAAUGAAGUACUGUUCCUGGGGGCACAAUCACAUCUCUAAGAGCACAUUGAUGCAACAGGCCAUUUUGUUGUUUGGUCUUGUUAGUCAUGUAGCAGCACCUGCUGGGAAUGCUGACAAAUCUGUACUCUAUCUACUAGCCUGAAAUUGCGCUGAUGUCUUAACCAAUCUAGUCAUCCCCCUUUAUAUAUAUAUAAAGAUUGUACGAUACGUAUGUAUAUUUUAAAGCAUCUAAUUAAUACAAGUCACUGUUUUUUCCAUAAGUGGUGUGUUAUACAUGUAUUAAAUCCUGCGUAUGUAAUUUGUAAAUAAGGAAGAUAAUUUUUUCUGCCAGUUACAGUUUAGACCAUUGAUUUUGAUAGUUGUAAACAUGAAGGGGAAAUGAAUGUUCAUGCUGUAUUUUGCCGAAUUUCUGCACUUCGUGACAUUUGCUGAAAUCUGUAGCUCACUGAACAAUUAUUUUUACAAUGUUUUAUCCACUGAGACCUAGCAAUCUGCAAAAUUAUAAAAAAGAUCUGCCUUAGGAAUAACCCUGAUUUUUAGCAAUAAAGCAAAAAUCGUACAAAGCCUUGAA